UGGCUGGCAGUGGGGCGCUGAGGAAGCAGCCACAGUCUCCCCUCCUGUGUUCUCAGCGGAUCCCAAUGUGUCUCCUCAGGAUUUUCAGGGCCCAACGCCGCUUUUGCCUUUUGAGUGGAAGAAGAGUUGGAGGCUUGGAGCCCAGAGGGGAUGGGAAUGAGGAGAAAGAAGGACCGGAGAAGAGUCCAAAACAGAAAGAGAUGGAACAUGAGCAAGUGUCUCUCAAGCAGAGCUCCAUCAAGCCUUGGCUCAAGGACACUGCAACCCGCAGAUCACCCUACUCUUGCCCAGACUGUGGCCACAACUUGAGCUACCCAUCCGUCCUGGCCAGCCACCAGCAGGUCCACUCCAGGAAGCAGCCCUUCCCCUGUGACCAGUGCCAGGCCUGUUUCCCCAUUGCAAGUACCUACCCCAGCAUCAGUUCAUCUACACAGAGUGCUCUGCUUUCUGUCCUGUAGCUCUCCUGCUCCUCAUGGAUGGGGUCCCCUAGAUGUGAGAGCCUAUUAAAGGAGCCAGCA